CCAUCGGUAUCGGUAUCAUUUUGUGUUGUGUCUGGUUUCGGGAUUUCUGUUUGUUGCUGUUGCGAUGGUAUUGAGGAAGUUGAGGUUAUUUUACAUAAAUAAAGCAGUGAUUAGUCGAUGAAAUAUGUCUGUCAAAGAAGAAGAGUCUCAGUAAAAUCUCAUCGGAAGAUUGCCUUUUCAAGAAGUCCCGAGUGGGAUCUGUGCUGUAAAGGGAAUACUAAACCGAAUACGCGCAAGUCACCGUCCUUUGUUCUUUCUCGAUACAGUGCUGUCCUAGUGAUGCUCUCUGCUAGUAAAAAGCGACACGGGCAUGGGCAGGAACAAACAACUAUGCUCAAGUCGUCAGUGUCAUCGGGAAAGACGAGCAAGAUCAUGGUUUGCGGACACAAAGGCAGCGGCAAGACGUCGGUGCUGGAGCAGCUGAUAUAUAACCACCAUCCCCUAAAAGCCGACAUUCAACCAACAAUUGAAGACAUCUACUGUGCUUUAGUUGACAAUGACCGAGGAGGGAAGGAGAAGGUGCAGUUUUUCGACUCCCGUGGUGUGGAUAGUUCCGACGCAGAGGUUUCAAAGUCCCACCUGGCACAUGCAGAUGGGGUUGUCUUAAUUUAUGCAAUCAAUAGCAGGGAGUCCUUCUUGCUGUUGGAACAGCUGAAGAAGGACAUUGACAAGCACAAAGACAAGAAAGAGCUAUCUUUCUUAGUGCUUGGAAACAAAGCAGAUCUGAGUGCAGAAAGGCAGGUUGAGACACAGUCAGCCAUCAACUGGGCCACCAAGGAAAGAGUACGUUUUGCUGAAGUGUCAGCAUUUGAUAGAAAAUCUCUUAUUGAGCCAUUUAUAUACCUGGUCUCCAAGGUCAACCCACCUCCAAGCAAGUCUACAUUUCCUCAGUUGGGCCGCAAAGGCAAAGCAGGCAGCAUCACCAUGGAACUUUGAGUAAGCAUGCAGCACAACCCACAACAUUGAGCAAGGACUCGGCCAUUCCAUUUGGACUGCCUAAGAAAGAUCUCGGCUUAACAAGCCGUCCAUGAUUCACAUCCAAAGUCCUGGAAACUGCAGCUGAAUGUGUUCUGAGUUUGUAAGCAAGUUGCUGGUCGAAAAUAAAGAGGCUAACUUAUUUUA